AUGGCUGUUUGUGGCGACAUUGCGCCCUUCCGUCAUCCCACACGUAAGGAAUCGCUGCGACUGGAGGAGCUCUCCUUUAAGCCUCAGAUUCCUGUAGCACUGAUGGUUUCUGGAGAGUGGCAUGGCUACCCUUUGAUUAUGCGCAACACCCGGAAGGUUCGACGAGCUGCGGGGACGCAAUGCCUAGCAGCAGUUCACAUCCCUGGUUCUGUGCACACAUGGAUUUCUGAAACGCAACUGCUCCUGCCGGCCAAGCUUCUCAGACUUGCGGGUAUGAUGGGCGCUGGAGAUUAUGAGGGCAAUCGUCAGGCAACCGUGAAAGUGUUGAGCGUCCUGUUCGAAAACUUGCGGAAGCCUUCAACGCAGGCGGAUGUUCAGAAAGUCCUGGAGCACAUGGCCAAUGAAGACCCCCAAAACUGUGAGCUUCUUGCUGAUGAGAAUGCUUUGGCAGAGGAACUCCAAGCUGCUUAG